AUGUCUGUCGCUGACAUCUUCCUGUGCUUCGGCGACAUUCAGCAAGACAAGGAUGCUGAUGAGGAUGCUGCCCAGGAUGCUGCUCACCCAAAGGCACUUAGCUCCAACGCAAGCUUCAUCCUCGACCCCUCUCAGCUCAGCAAAGCUCAACAACAAGCCCUGGUAGGGGAUCGUAUAGAUCCCUUGCCAGAUCCAACUUUCGUCUUGCGUUUUGAACAGAACAUAUACAAUCCGGAUGGCUGGUUCUUUGGCUCCUCAGACGACACAACUGAGAGCGACUUUCAGAUCAUAGCUGAUAAUUCGUCGGGUGUGAGCCGUAAACACAUCCUCAUCGACGUCGAUCCGGAUGAGCUACGGCCCAGGGUCACCAAUCGUUCCAGCAACGCGAUUCGCAUCACGGGUCAUACCGAGGAAGGCGUUACGAGGUACAUCACGCUCGAGAAGGGAGAACACGAGUUACUGCCCGGUUCGAGCACACUCGAUUUUGGACCAGUCACUUUCUCCUUUCGGAGGCCGAAAUUGGUAGCAAGGGAGGACAUAAACAAAUUCCGCAAGCACACAGACGAUUUCAACAAGGGUGUCCUCGCGGCCUUGCCUCGAAACCCAAAGACUGGGAAUCUGACGCCCAACAUGCGAUGCGCACAAAUGGGGAUAUUCAACACGAAGACAAUCUACGCUGCCAAGAUUACCCACUACCACGCAGCUGAUAACGACUCCAAGCCAAAUGUCAUCGAAGUCGUAGCUCUCAUCCCAGGCCACGGGAAGGAGCCCGCUUGGCUCAUUAUGCCAUAUGUCGAGUUUGAUCUCUCAAGAGUUGGGCUUUCAGACGAGGACAGGCCAAGGGCACUGCUAGACGUCGCCAGUGGUCUUGAAUACAUCCACAAGGCAGGCCUUGCUCAUCGAGAUUUGAGUCCAAGAAACAUUCUUGUGCAGAUGGAGUCGGACAAGCCUGACGGAAGGUUUCUGCAUGCAAUUAUUAUUGAUUUUGGCAUUUCGAAGUCUAAGAGUACGGACAUGUCGACAUACCUUGGCACUCCCUUAUACAUGGCGCCGGCGUUUUGGGUGAAGGAUCGCAGGUACACCGAGAGGGUCGAUGUCUUUUCAUUGGGGGUCAUUAUGAUUCAGCUGUUGACCUAUUGGGAUGGCGGCACAAUCCUCCAAAGCGACAAAAAGAAACUGCGAACGUCGGACGACUUCGACUACUGGUUCGACAUUCUGCGGGACCAAGUCCAACAAGCGCCCGCACUUCUUCAAGAAGGGCUGCUGGGCGCGACUGAGAAGCAGGCAGACCAACGGUGGACUUUUUCACAAUGCCGGGAGUGGCUUGCGAACUAUCCGCCCAGGCCCAAGAAGCGGCCUGCCUCGCAGCAGCUUGGUCCGCCAGGUCGGCAGCUCGAGUACAUGCCACAGUCUCGUGAAUCGUCGCCUUUCUCGAUUCCGGACACGGACGAGCCGCCAUCGCCGUGUCGCGCCAGCUCCCCAGACUCGGUUGUGGAUGGUGCCCAGGAGCAAGUAGCUGAGGAUGAGGAGGAGGAGGAAGCUGAGGAAUCAGACUAA